UGUGACCGUAAAUUAUCGAUAAGGAAGACGACGCAGAAGGGGAAGGAAACAAAACAGAAAAACAAAACGAAGCGAUCAGCAAGUAGUACGCAGUACAUAUACCACACACACUCGCAACUACCUGGCAAAGCACCCACAAUAAAGGGAUCCGGAAUAUACGUGGCAAUAGGAUGAACAACGGCUUCAGCACCGGAGAGGAGGACUCCCGUGGCCAUGCAGACCAAACCUGCUGCCUGAUUGACGACAUGGAAAGGUGUCGCAAUCAGGCCGGCUAUGCCAGCUACAGCAAACGCAUCCAGAAGACGGUGGCCCAGAAGCGCCUGAAGCUGAGCAGUGACCCGAGUGCCCAGCACAUCUACAUCUGUGACCACCACAAGGAGCGCAUCCAGUCUGUGCGCACCAAGCGCCGACGCAAGGACAGCGAGGAUGAUAGCAAUGAGACAGACACCGAUUUGCACGAGUUUCCCGAUCUCUAUCAGCUGAGCGUCGGCACGCUGCGUCGCUAUAAGCGCCACUUUAAGGUCCAAACACGGCAGGGCGUGAAGCGGGCACAAUUGGCAGAUACAAUCAUGAAGCAUUUCAGGACAAUACCCAUCAAGGAGAAGGAGAUAAUCAUUUUUGUGUUCAUGGUCAAAACGGGGACAAAUAAGUUGGAUCAAAAGAACGGUAUUGGCAAUGAUACCACCUGAAAUGGAUCAAAAUGGAUGAUACACUACAUAAGGGGACGAUGCUACGGCCAGCCGGCUCUCAAAGUCAGCUAGCCAUCUCCCUUGCACACAUAUACAUUGUUGCUGCAUUUGCUUUCGUCAUCAUUCUACUCCCUGACGUCAGCAUUGUUCACCUCUUAUAGCAAUCAUUGUCACCAAGCCACCCACCCAGCCCUCCCAGCAAUCUUCCUACAUCCCAACAACAAA